CCCGAAGCCAUGGAAAAGUCGGCACAAUACGGCAGCUUGGCAGUCCAGUUGGACUCAGAAACUGAAGACGAUGGUAUCUGGGCGAGAAAAUUUAUCUUGUCAUCUUAUCCGGACUUAUCAGAUAGACGUGUUGUGAAUAUUUUCCACUACACGAAAUGGCCAGUGCGAAGAGUGCCAUCGAAAGCAGAUGGCGUCAUCUCCCUGAUGUCAUUGGUCGAGCAGUCUAGAAAGAAUCAUGGUCAGGGACCAGUUAUUGUGGCAUGCAGCGACGGAACAGGUCGUACAGGGACGUAUAUUGCAAUUUCGAACUUGUUGGAACGAAUGAAAAUUGAGCAAACAAUGGAUGUCUUCCAGACGAUAAAAAUAAUUAGAGGAAGUCGACCGCAAUUUGUUGAUAAUGCAGAACAAUAUCAGUUUUGUUACACAGCUAUAAUGGCGUAUUUGGACUCCUUUGAUGAGUAUGCAAACUUCGAGAAAGAAUGAACCUAUUCAUCACUAAGCAGAGUCACUAUCUUAAUCGAACUAAUAUAGUAACCAUAACAACCUAACACGUAUUCUUAGAAACUAUAUCAAUGAGCACAUAGAUUAAUCAAACACUGCCACAAAACAAUGGUGAUGUAUAGUCUAAACAAGUUUGGGGACUUAAUAAUUAAUUGAAGGGCAGAUUGCAGCAAGUCUGUUGCGAGUCAUACGAAAACGAGGCUAGUCAGAUUUCAAAUUUCGCAAAUCAUACAAUAACAACACUUUCAAAGUUGACUAGAAAAACCUAACAACGUUUUUGAGCAACUCGCCAGAAACGCCACAAAAGGUAAGAACGAACAUUUCGAGAUCAGUUAAGGAAGAAAUAAUCUUACCCGGCCUCGCACGCUUACGUGUGACUCCUGCUCGUUUUGGAAUAGGCCUUUAGUACCCUUUAGUGUGUUCCUAAUUAAAAAAAAACUAAGGGUAAAAAGUUAUAUAGUUAUACUGCACUUUGUGGACGUAUAUUUUCUAUUUUUUAUACACUUUUAAAGCUAUAUAGGGGUAGGGUGCUGAAUACAGCUAUU